AAUUGAAAGUACAUUUUGGUAUAAAAAUAAUUAAAGAAGAAAGAAAAAAAGAGAGAUAUAUAAGGAAGAAGGAGUGGGAGCUAGGAGAAGAGGGAAGAGAUCAGAAGCAAACAAGCUAGGGACUGGAUUUGUAUGUCAAUGGCCGUCGACAUGUCAUCGAAGCAACCCACCAAAGACUUUUUCUCCUCUCCAGCCCUCUCCCUCUCUCUCGCUGGUAUAUUCCGGAAUGCAUCCUCCGGCAGCACCAACCCUGAGGAGGAUUUCCUGGGCAGAAGGGUAGUUGACGAUGAGGAUCGCACGGUGGAGAUGAGCAGCGAGAACUCAGGACCCACGAGAUCCAGAUCAGAGGAGGACUUGGAGGGUGAGGAUCACGAGGAUGAGGAGGAGGAAGAGGAGGACAAGGGCAAUAAGAGGAAGAGGAAGAAGUAUCAUCGCCACACCACCGAUCAGAUCAGACACAUGGAAGCGCUAUUCAAAGAGACACCACAUCCGGACGAGAAGCAAAGACAGCAGCUGAGCAAGCAACUAGGGCUGGCUCCUCGCCAGGUCAAGUUCUGGUUCCAAAACCGCCGCACACAGAUCAAGGCUAUUCAAGAACGGCACGAGAACUCCCUGCUCAAGGCGGAACUAGAGAAGCUGCGAGAGGAAAACAAAGCCAUGAGAGAGUCUUUUUCCAAGGCUAAUUCCUCCUGCCCCAACUGCGGAGGAGGCCCCGAUGAUCUCCACCUCGAAAACUCCAAAUUGAAAGCCGAGCUCGAUAAGCUUCGUGCAGCUCUCGGACGCACUCCCUAUCCCCUCCAAGCUUCAUGCUCCGACGAUCAAGAACACCGUCUCGGCUCUCUUGAUUUCUACACGGGCGUCUUUGCCCUCGAGAAGUCCCGCAUCGCCGAGAUCGCCAACCGAGCCACCCUUGAACUCCAGAAGAUGGCCACCUCCGGCGAACCUCUGUGGCUCCGCAGUGUUGAGACUGGCCGUGAGAUUCUCAACUACGACGAGUACCUCAAGGAGUUUCCCCAAGCUCAAGCCUCUUCGUUUCCUGGAAGGAAAACCAUCGAAGCAUCUAGAGAUGCGGGGAUUGUAUUUAUGGACGCACAUAAACUUGCCCAGAGUUUCAUGGACGUGGGGCAAUGGAAAGAGAUGUUUGCGUGCUUGAUCUCAAAGGCUGCAACGGUCGAUGUUAUCCGGCAAGGUGAAGGGCCUUCACGGAUCGACGGUGCCAUUCAGUUGAUGUUUGGGGAGAUGCAGCUGCUCACUCCAGUCGUCCCCACAAGAGAAGUGUACUUUGUGAGAAGCUGCCGGCAGCUGAGCCCUGAGAAAUGGGCUAUCGUCGACGUCUCAGUCUCUGUGGAGGACUGCAACACGGAGAAGGAAGCUUCUCUUCUGAAAUGUCGAAAACUCCCCUCCGGUUGCAUCAUCGAGGACACCUCCAACGGCCACUCCAAGGUCACCUGGGUGGAGCACCUCGACGUGUCUGCCUCCACGGUUCAGCCUCUCUUCCGCUCCUUAGUCAACACUGGUUUGGCCUUUGGGGCUCGACACUGGGUCGCCACCCUUCAGCUCCAUUGCGAACGCCUUGUCUUCUUCAUGGCUACCAACGUCCCCACCAAAGACUCUCUCGGAGUUACAACGCUGGCCGGGAGAAAGAGCGUGCUGAAGAUGGCGCAGAGAAUGACACAAAGUUUCUACCGCGCCAUUGCUGCAUCAAGCUACCAUCAAUGGACCAAAAUCACCACCAAAACUGGACAAGACAUGCGGGUUUCUUCCAGGAAGAACCGUCAUGAUCCUGGCGAGCCCACUGGAGUCAUCGUCUGCGCUUCUUCUUCGCUGUGGUUACCAGUUUCUCCAACUCUUCUGUUCGAUUUCUUUAGAGAUGAAGCUCGUCGCCAUGAGUGGGAUGCUUUGUCAAACGGAGCGCAUGUUCAGUCUAUUGCAAGCUUAUCCAAGGGACAAGACAGAGGCAACUCAGUGGCUAUCCAGACCGUGAAAUCGAGAGAAAAGAGCAUAUGGGUGCUGCAAGACAGCAGCACUAACUCGUAUGAGUCGGUGGUGGUAUACGCUCCCGUAGAUAUAAACACGACACAGCUGGUGCUGGCGGGACAUGAUCCAAGCAACAUCCAAAUCCUCCCCUCUGGAUUCUCAAUCAUACCUGAUGGAGUAGAGUCGCGGCCACUGGUGAUCACGUCUACACAAGACGACAGAAACAGCCAAGGAGGGUCUCUAUUGACACUCGCACUCCAAACCCUCAUCAACCCUUCUCCUGCAGCAAAACUGAAUAUGGAGUCUGUGGAAUCCGUCACAAGCCUCAUCUCAGUCACACUACACAACAUAAAGAGAAGCCUACAAAUCGAAGAUUGCUGAUGACAAGUCACAGCAGAUAUAAUUUACCUA